AUGUUGGCUUCUAAGUUCUCGCGAGCUCUUCCGCGAAGCUCUCCCAUCUCGAGAUUGUCCAAAUUCCAGAAGCCUACCUCAUCAUUACUCUCUCGGUAUGCUACAACAGGUGCAGCAGGUGGGGAGGAGAAGGUUAAGGGGCAGGUCAUCGGUAUAGAUCUGGGCACAACCAAUUCAGCUGUAGCUGUGAUGGAAGGAAAGCAACCAAGGAUAAUAGAAAAUUCAGAAGGCGCGCGAACAACACCAUCCGUUGUCGCAUUCGCCCAGGAUGGCGAACGACUCGUCGGUAUAUCUGCCAAGCGACAAGCUGUCGUUAAUCCGGAGAACACACUAUUUGCCACCAAGCGUCUCAUCGGCCGCAAAUUCUCAGAUCCAGAAGUCCAACGCGAUAUCAGGGAAGUGCCGUACAAGAUUGUGCAACACACCAACGGUGAUGCCUGGGUUGAGGCUCGAGGACAGAAGUACUCACCAUCACAAGUUGGUGGCUUCGUGCUGCAGAAGAUGAAGGAAACCGCCGAAGCAUAUCUGAGUAAACCAAUCAAAAAUGGUGUGGUCACUGUGCCCGCCUACUUCAAUGACAUGCAACGUCAAGCAACGAAGGACGCAGGCCAAAUUGCCGGGCUCAACGUUCUCCGAGUCGUCAACGAGCCCACAGCCGCAGCUCUUGCCUAUGGCUUGGAAAAAGAGGACGAUCGAGUCAUUGCGGUCUACGAUCUUGGAGGAGGUACCUUUGACAUUUCGAUUCUCGAGAUUCAAAAGGGUGUUUUCGAGGUUAAGUCAACCAACGGCGAUACACAUCUUGGAGGAGAAGACUUCGACAUCACACUCGUCCGCCACCUUGUACAACAAUUCAAGAAAGACUCUGGCAUUGAUCUGUCAAACGACCGAAUGGCUAUUCAGCGGAUCCGUGAGGCAGCUGAGAAGGCCAAGAUCGAGCUGUCGUCAUCUCUACAAACUGAUAUCAACCUACCUUUCAUUACUGCCGAUGCCUCCGGACCGAAGCACAUUAAUCAGAAACUCUCCCGAGCUCAGCUUGAAGGUCUUAUUGACCCACUGAUAGCAAAGACCAUCGAUCCCGUCCGAAAGGCAUUGAAGGAUGCGAACCUACAGGCUAAGGAUAUCCAAGAAGUUAUACUCGUUGGUGGAAUGACACGGAUGCCGAAAGUAACCGAGUCUGUUAAGAGCAUAUUUGGUCGGGACCCGGCGAAGUCUGUCAAUCCUGAUGAGGCAGUUGCCAUGGGUGCUGCUAUCCAAGGUGCUGUUCUUGCUGGUGAGGUUAUGGAUGUUCUGUUGCUCGAUGUGACACCAUUGUCGCUUGGUAUUGAGACACUAGGCGGUGUCUUCACACGCCUGAUCAACCGGAACACCACUAUCCCAACGAAGAAAUCGCAGACCUUCUCCACUGCUGCAGACUUCCAAACCGCGGUCGAGAUCAAGGUGUACCAGGGCGAGCGAGAGCUGGUUCGCGACAACAAACUUCUUGGUAAUUUCCAGCUGGUCGGCAUCCCUCCCGCACAUCGUGGCGUGCCCCAGAUCGAGGUUACGUUCGACAUUGAUGCUGAUUCGAUAGUUCACGUGCAUGCCAAGGACAAGUCUACUAACAAAGAUCAGUCAAUCACCAUCGCAUCUGGCUCCGGUCUUUCAGACUCUGAGAUUCAGAACAUGGUUGACGACGCUGAGAAGUAUGGUGCUCAAGACAAGGAGCGUAAGGCUGCGAUUGAAGCUGCCAACCGUGCUGACACCGUCCUGAACGAUACCGAGAAAGCACUCAAGGAAUUUGAGGGUAAGCUGGACAAGGCUGAGGCGGAUGCCAUUAAGGAAAAGAUUGCCAGUCUGCGGGAAUACGUGGCCAAGAACCAGACUGGAGAGGGAGGCGCAACGGCAGAAGAGCUGAAGGCCAAGAUCGAUGAGCUACAGACCACCGCUCUUACUCUAUUUGACAAGAUGCACAGAGCGCGGGCGGAGGAGUCUUCGCAAUCACCACCAGGUGGCGAGACUCCACCAAAUGCUGGUGAGCAGCAAAGUGGUGAAGGGGAGAAGAAGCCUUGA